AUGAUUUUACUUUUAGUACUUGGUUACACCGAUAUUGACAAAAGUUUUUAUUCAAAUGACGGGAAAAUCCUUAAAAGAGUUAAUGAUAAAUCACAUGAUCUCAGAAUAUCAUCAACAUGCGAAAUCAUCCAAGAAAACUGCUUUUACGGACUCAGAACUUUAAAUUCCUUUUCAUUUGAAGAAAAUCCAAACUUAACAACAAUUGGAUACCAAAGUUUUUAUGGGUGCACAAAUCUUACCAUAAUAAAUCUAUCAUCAUGUUAUAAACUUACAAAAAUAUCUUCUUAUGCAUUUCGCGACUGCUUUAAAGUCAAACAGAUACUUUUACCAGAAGGUCUCCUUAUAAUACAAGCCUAUGCAUUUUAUUCUAUUUCACAAGUGACCAGUGUUAUCAUACCCGCAUCUGUUGAAUUAAUAGGAGAUGGUGCAUUUCAUGGCUGUUCUAAACUACAAAAUGUUACUUUUAAAGAAGGAUCAAAUUUAACUUCAUUAGCAGAGGAUUUAUUUGUUUAUACUGCAAUUACUUCGUUUCAAAUUCCAGAAAAAGUUUCCGAAGUCAAUGGACAUCCAGUUAAAAAUGGGCAAUUAACAAAUUUUACAAUUCAUCCUAAUAAUAACUACUUAACAGUUAAAGAUGGGAAUGUUAUUUAUUCAAAAAAUAAAAGUAUUUUAUUUUUUAUUUUAAACAAAACAGGAUAUGAAAUUCCAAACUCAGUCACAACUUUAGGAAAUAGUUGCUUUAGAGGUUCAUCUAUCGAAACUAUUCAUAUCCCAUAUUCAGUUACAACUAUUGGAUGGCAUUGCUUUGCAGAAUUAUCUUUAAAGAUAAUUAAAAUUCCAAAUACAGUCACAAGUAUUGGAGAUGAUUGCUUUAGAGGUUCAUCUAUCGAAACUAUUAUAUUUCCAAAUUUAACUACAACUAUUGGAGAUGGUUGCUUUGCAUUUUCAUCUAUCAAAACAAUUAUAAUUCCAAACACGGUCACAACUAUUGGAGAUAGAUUCUUAUACUAUUCAUCUAUCAAAGCAUUUACAAUUCCAAACUCAGUCACAACUCUGGGAGUGUGUUGCUUUUCACAAACAUAUAUAGAAACAAUUAUAAUUCCAUCAAGUGUGAAAAGGAUUGA